AUGUCGCAGACGGGUUCUAACAGCGCGCAGCGUGAGAGGUCUCGCUCUCCUCGUCGCGGACGAUCUCGCAGCCCCGGCCGCCGACGUUCAUACUCACCCCGAAGCAACCGCUCGCGCAGCGCCGACUACCGCAGAUCUGCUAGAAGAUCCAGGUCCCCCAUGAGUGGCCAAGGAGCUCCGUCGGGAGGAUCGACCUCCGGUUACGGUGCCCCGCAUCGAUCUUAUGAAGAGCGACAGGCCGCCCGCGAGCAAAUGAUGAGCAAUCUCCGCGAGUCGUCCCAACAAGACCGCCGCGUCUACGUCGGCAACCUGUCGUACGAUGUCAAAUGGCAUCAUCUCAAGGACUUUAUGAGGCAGGCUGGAGAGGUUCUCUUUGCCGAUGUCUUGCUACUUCCGAAUGGAAUGUCGAAGGGAUGCGGUAUUGUGGAAUACGCAACGAGGGAGCAAGCUCAGAACGCUGUGGCCACGCUCAGUAACCAGAAUCUUAUGGGCAGACUGGUCUACGUUCGCGAGGACCGGGAAGCCGAACCCCGAUUCAACCAGGGAUCCGGUGGCGGCGGCGGCCGUGGAGGCUACGGAGGGCCCAUGGGUGGUCCCGGCGGCUACGGCGGCGGCUACAAUGCCGGAGGCAUGGGUGGCGGAGGACGCCAGAUCUACGUAGCGAAUCUGACAUUCGCCGCCCAGCUCCCCUUUACGGUUGGUUGGCAGGACCUGAAGGACCUGUUCCGUGGCGCCGCUCGCACUGCCGGCGUCGCUCGUGCUGAUGUUCACCUCGGCCCUGACGGCAGGCCCAAAGGAUCCGGCAUCGUGGUCUUUGAGAGCCCCGACGAUGCGCGCAACGCGAUCCAGCAAUUCAACGGCUACGAGUGGCAGGGCCGCCUCCUCGAGGUCCGUGAGGACCGAUUCGCCGGUGCCGGCAUGGGUGGUGGCUACGGUGGCCGUGGCGGCUUCGGUGGCGGCCGCGGCGGCUUCGGCAUGGGCUAUGGCGGCCGAGGAGGCUUUGGGGGACGCGGCGGUUUUGGAGGCUAUGGCGGCCGAGGAGGCUUUUCAGGUGGAGGCGCUCCUGGUGGUGGUGGUGGCUUUGACGCUGGCCAUAACGCUGGUGCCUCUGUUCCUCCCAACCCGUUCACGGAUUAUGCCACCUCGGGCACCGAUAGAAGCGAGAUCAUCUAUGUGCGCAACCUGCCUUGGUCCACUUCGAACGAGGAUCUUGUCGAGCUCUUUGGCACGAUCGGCAAGGUCGAGCAGGCCGAGAUUCAGUAUGAGCCAAGCGGUCGAUCCAGGGGCUCGGGCGUGGUUCGUUUCGACUCUGCAGAGACUGCCGACACUGCCAUUGCCAAGUUCCAGGGCUACCAGUACGGUGGACGACCUCUCGGCCUCAGCUUCGUCAAAUAUGCUACUCCUGGUGGCGGCGGCGACAGUAUGGAUACCGACCCUCAUGGCGGCCUGACCCAGGACCAAAUCAUGUGA